AUGACCAGCCAAGAAGGCCUCCUCUCCAAUGUCACCGACUCGCCAUCUGUCCACGCCGGUCAACGCAUGCGCCUCAGCGGUGGUGUAACGUCCUUGGACCAUGAAGACAACGACGCACAGAACUGGAUCCGCUUCUCGGCGGAUUAUAUCGACGGCAUUGGCACUGCGGGCAUCAUUGAGGGCAUCUUGAAGAUGCUGGGGGCGCAAGAGCCCGUGUACUUGGUAUGGAAGGGAGAGGGCGACUUGAAGGGAGAUGGUGAUGUGAGGGUUUGUGUGUAUGAUGAGGAGCAAGUCAAGGAUGGAAGUCUGGUAUAA